AUGGAUCACCGCGGCUCGUUCUUCUUCUUCUUGGUUGUCUUUUACUUUCUUCUCAGCUCACAGUCACAUCCUCCGUUAAUUUCGCAGGAUCGUGAACACCAACGAGAGCUGGAGAGAGAACGGAAUGCGCUUCGCCUUUUGAACGAGUCCAAAUAUGGGGACUUUGAGCCAGGAGCAGACAAGUGGCUUCCAUUCGUCGGGACCCGUAAGAAUGAUAGUUUUGAUUGGGAGCUUCUCGAAGAUGCUCAAAACAGAGCGCGAUAUCAGCUGCGAUCAACGUUCACAGAUGCUGGUCUAGUCCCUCCGGGAGGGCUCGAAAGCGGCGAUACAUCCGGUAACCUGAACCUCUCUCAGCUCGUUCUGCCCGUCUACCAUAACUCAACGGGCACAUUACGCGGGAACUGGGUACGCCGCAAGUCUGAUACGGUCAGGCCGCCGCUUAACAAGACCGCUAUCGUUCUCCAGCACGAAUAUCUGACCCAUGAGUUCAGUCAGAACAUCACAGGAGAUAGUGGGACUUUCUAUCUGAACAUACACGAAGGUGGCGGGGAAGAAGUAAAAUCGGCGGGAGGACAUGUUCGAGAGAUUCGAGCGACCUUGGCCGUGGAAACGGGCGACUACUGGGGUAACACAUGGUAUAUCUCCUUAUAUGGAAUACACUUUCCUGAUACCGGGGGCAUCAUCCUGACCACGACGAGUGAGAAAUUCCGUGGUGUUUUUACUCUACCGCACUUGACAAUGUCAGUCGACUCGUACAAUAUCUCCCACCAACUUCUCUCCAAGUCACUCUCGGAUACUAUCGCGGAAAAACAGAAUCGGCCUCCUACGCUGUUUCCUUGGUCUUCGCUCGUAGGAACAGAGCAGGUGGAAUUUCCGGCUCCAAAAUGCGAGCACAUCGUUUACCUACAGCAGCACCCGGUAGCCAUAGAGGGUUACCUGGCGGACCAGGUGAUAAUUGAUCAGAUGGAGCAAGAACUGAGAUAUCCGAUGGGCGCGCCAAUCCCUUCACCACCUCUGAUGGUCAUGUCGGGGGUGGUAUACUCUCCUGACUGUGGAUACAUUCUUGAGACUAAGGAAGCUGCUGAUUUUCCUCCGACAGAGGGACUGUAUCUUCUGGGCCAUAAAUCAGAGGAGUAUGCCAAAUACGCCGCUCGCCUAGUAUUCUUGAUAUCCGCAGCGUUCGUUGGGCAGAUUACCCUCCUCAUGCGACAAAUCAAAGAUGCUUCCACUCCCUCAACACGCAGUCGAGUCAGUUUCUACACCAUUGCGCUCAUGGCGUAUGGAGAUGCCUUCGUGUUGAUAUUCCUCCUACUAGAGCUUUAUCCGGAUGUCUCCUUUCUGGUCACAUCGGUAAUUUCGUUCCUCGCCUUCCUUUCUGUUAGCUACAUUGGCAUGAAAUUCAUGAUGGAAAUUUGGGCCAUUCAAAGUCCCGAACGGAGGCAGCAAAACCGCCGAGCGAAUCCUUCAGCACCAACGACUCGUCCGGGCGAACUCCCGCCUCCUGCGACAGCCGCGCGAGUACGUGAUUCUGGGGCUACGCCAAUCAUCUUGACACCUGAUCAGGACCCCCCUGCCGACGAAGAUGAAGCAGCAACACCGAACCGGUCUACUGUGCCAACCGCACAAGAGACUCGGAGCGACGUUGGUGCCAUGUAUGCGCGCUUCUAUUUUAUCCUCUUCGUUAUGCUCAUCGUGUCUAUCUGGUCAUUUCUUUGGCCCAAUAGGCUGGGCGGCUGGUACGCUCGAGCACUGGCAUUUGUCUACCUGUCUUUCUGGGUUCCGCAAAUCUACCGGAAUGUCAUGCGCAACUGUCGGAAAGCUCUACGAUGGGACUUUGUGAUAGGCGAGAGCUGUUUUCGUCUGUUCCCAUUUGUAUAUUUUCUUGUUGCUCGCGAAAAUAUCUUGUUUGUCCGCACAGACAUCAAAACCGCACUCGCUCUGGCCGGUUGGGUCUGGGUGCAAGUCUGGAUCUUGGCAAGUCAGGAUAUCCUAGGACCUCGAUUCUUCGUCCCUCGAGGAUGGGCGCCUCCGGCAUAUGACUAUCACCCGAUUCUUCGCGAGGGUCCGGAGGAGGAUCUUGACCUUGAGUCAGGCAGUGUCCUUCCAAUCGGAGCCCUACGAGCAGACGGACGAGACUCGAGCGAUGCCAAGGAUGACGACCGACACCGCAACAAAGACAGGAAGAGGGCCAUUUUCGACUGUGCUAUAUGUAUGCAGGACAUCGAAGUACCCGUUCUCGCAGCGCCCGGGGCCGCAGGCGGCAGUAGUGUUGCAGACGGGGCGACGAGUAUCCUCACUCGCCGGACGUACAUGGUUACUCCAUGCCGCCACAUAUUCCACAGUGCUUGUCUCCAGAGUUGGAUGAAGCUCAGACUGCAGUGUCCUAUAUGCCGCGAGUCUAUUUCACCAGUUUAG